AUGGCGAGGGGGAACGCGAUCCCCCCCAAGACCCUCCGCGAGACUCUCGGGGACGCCGUUGGGGACGAGAGCAUCAAUUUCGGCGAGGCCCCCGCGCGCGCCGACGGCAUGAACCCCCACUCCCACGCUGGCCUCCCGCACGGCCACGUAGGGCAAGAGGGGCCGUCGCAGAUCGCGGAUCUUCCUGCUGCGCCCAGGAACGCCCGCGCAGGCACGAAGAUCUCUUACUUCGGGGACCUGCUGAUGAACCAAGCUUACGAGGAGAUCACGGACAGUGACGGGAAAAAGGUCGGUGUCCUCACUGACUGGAAGGACGCCCAUGGGCAACCGUGCCGUUUGGACGUGGUCAAGGACCUUGCCACGAAGUCCAAUUUCAGUGGCCUCCCUCCACCGUUCAACCUCAAGAGCCAGCCUGGUGGGCCGCACGUCAUGCAGAUUUUCGUCUUGGGCGCUGGCGAUGGCAAAGUGCACGUUUUCAAGGGCGUUGACCUGAAGGGCCAGUUCCUGAAGAUGGCCAACUGCGAGCCCAUGUGUCAUUGCACGGGCGCCGCGUAUCAGUAUGGGAACCAGUACAGAGCAGGCCGCAAUGCGAUUUGUUACCUCCUGGAGAAACUCGGCGGCCUACAGAUUCGCUUCUCCACGCUGACCGCCACGGCAAAGCCUGCCAAGCGCGCGACCGAGCGGGAAAAGAAGCAGGAAGGGCACCGCUACAUCGAGAAAAAGGGCCCGAAGAGCAACAACCGCAAUCAGUUCAUGGAAUUCGCGGACAGGGACAGCAGGGCCGAGGAACACGGCGCCAUCUGGUUAGCGCUGCGGAACCACGCGAGCGGGCGCAUCAACGCCAAGCGCCUCUCUGUCUGGGUGCUCACGCUGAAGGACUUCGAGCCGUGGUUCAUCAACGAGGUGCUCGUGAAGAUCCUGCCAACUCUCCACCGCAACGGCGUGCUCUGGAUCGGCAAGACCAGGCACUUUGAAUUCUUCAAGGGCGAGCCCGUGGAGAGGGCGCUGCCCGCGGUGUUCGACGACGGGGCCGUGAACAACAGCUACAACAAUGCUCUGGAGAAGCGGAUGGUGGCAGACUGGCGCCAAGGGAAAUUCAUGGUGAUCACGAUCCAGCAGCUCAUGGCCCUCAUCGCGCCCUCCCUGAAGCAGAUCACGGAGGAAGAGGACAUGAAGGCCCUGCUCGCGAGGUCCCACGUCGUCGUGACCAUGGACACGCGCGUGUAUUUCCGUUUGGCAUCCGAUGAGUUUCCAGAGGACGGCGUCGCGCCUUUCUACACAUACAGCAAGAAGUCAAAGCCUGACCUCUUCAACUACUCGCCCGAGGCGCGCGCGUGCUUCGGCAGGUGCAAGGACGACCCGACCUCUCCGAACAACUACCCGCCCGACUUCAAGGAGAAGGCGGAGUGGUCCUUGAAUUUUGCGAAGCGCUUGAUGCGCGGCGAACAAGUGCCCACUGUGUCGACCACCCGCGGGACCUCGCUCUUCGGGGAGCCCGUGCACAGGGUUCAGCCACAGGCCGCGCCCCCGCCAGCGGGCGCGCCCGCGGCCCCGAUGGCAGCCGAAGCCGCGCCAGAGGAGGGCCCGCCAGCGGUUCAGCCAGAGGCCGUGCUCACGCCAGCGGGCGCGCCCGCGGCCCCGAUGGCUGCCGAAGCCGCGCCAGAGGAGGGCCCGCCAGCCAAGCGGGCGAAAGCCGGCGCCCAGGGGGGGCGCGCGGCGUCCCCCGAUCCUUUCGCGGGCGGCUUCAGGUGCGACCGCCUCGGGGGCGACCGCGGCGACUACGAGGGCGAGGAAGAGCCGCCGCUCGGGGCCCCCGCGCAGGAGAUCGAGCGGCUCUGGGGGCUCCACCAGGCAGGCGCCAUCACGCUCGCGGAGUUCAACGUCUUGAAGAAGAGUGCGAUCAGCGAAGGGUUCAAGGAGGAUCGCAGCGCCAAGCGGGAGCAGAUGCCUCGCGCGCCAAUCAAGCGGGACCCGACCGAGGGGGCUGCCAAGUGGGAGGUGUUCGAGGCGAAGCCCGUGGACAAGGAGACGAUCCAGGGGCUCUUCCCAGGCUCGGGGAGCGCAGAAGUCGGGCGGCGCUCGCGAGGCGUCAUAGGCGUCGCGGCGAUCGACUCGGACGAGGACUGA